UUGGUUCAAUCCAAAGGUUCCAAGAUCGGCGACGAUUGUGAUCUGAAACCUUGCGUUCCCUGCACGAUAUCACAGGUUGAGUAGGUAUUGAUGGACAAACUUUGUGUGCUGUAAACAUACAGUUGCUGCUAACAUCUGACUCACGAUGGACAGGCGUUACCGUGACGACCGAAGACAGUCUGGUCAUUCAUCCCAUCGAAGAGGCUAUCCAGAAGAAAGCAGGAGGGGUCCUCGCUACGAUGAUGAGAGCAGUUAUGAUGACUAUGAUGAUGGCCAGUUCUAUGAAAGAUCCCCAAACAAGCGAAGGAGGCGUGAUGACUACGGCAGCAGGUCAGACUACCACGAUGUCAUGUAUGACAAGAGGUAUGACAUGGAGACUCAGUACUACACACGUAGGAGCCAGCAGUAUGACGAUGAUGACUGGAUGGAUGACAGGCGGGGUGGUCACGACAGUCAUUUUCGAGACGAUGACUAUGAUUACUCACGACAGAGACAUGUCGAUAGGAAGAGAAGCUACGACAGUCAUGGACCUAGAAGAGAGUCCGACGGUUUUCAGAGGCGAGGUAAUUAUCGGGAUGAGCCGAUGAGUCGGAGGGGAAGAGGAAGUUAUGAACGGCGGGAUAAUGUUCAACGUCGUGAUGAUUACAAGUGGCAGGGAGAUUAUCAGAGAAGAGGGAGAGGAAGAGGCAGUUAUCAGCCACGGAGGGAUGACAACUACCAUCCCCGACCCUAUCGACGCAGACAUUACGAACAUCAUGACAGAAAUAAUGAUGAUCCGUCCAGUUCAGAAUGGAGUGGUAUCGAUGAUGAUGAGGAAGAAGAUGCAGAAAAAGAAGAAACAACCAAAGAUGAGGAAGGCGAUCAAAAGAUGGAUGAAAACAAGGUAUCAAGUACUCUAACAGAGGAAGUGAGUCCACCAACAGAGGAAGACAUCGCCAAGAUGGAGAAGAACAACCUUGAUGACCUCGCCAGUAGUAUUUUGUUGGUUCUCUUUGAAAAUCUUGAAGGCACCUGCACGCUAAACGUGUUACGCCUUGAGUUGAUCAUGAAGGAUGUGGCUGUUUUCAACAAUUCCACAAAUCUGAAGGAAUUUCUUCUGAAAUACAAAAGCGUAUUCCUCGUGACGACCUUGUCUGAAGAGGCAGAAAUGGAUACCAAGGACGAGGCUGCAGAGACAUCAAUGGAAGAAGUGAAAGAAGAAGAAAAGGCAGAGGAGAAAGUGGAGAAGGUGGAAGAGAAGGAGGAGGAGAAGAAAGAAGCAAAAGAAGCAGAAGCGGAAGAAGCAGUGAAAGAAGAAAAUAAAGAAGCAUCAAAGGAACAGGGGGAAGAAAAGACGGAGGACAAACAAGAGCCUGGAAGCUCAACCCAGGACAUGGAAACUGAGAAACCAAAUUCUGAAACAGAAGAUGAGGUGAAGAAGUCCAAAGAGGAAGAAACUGCUGGAGAAGCUCCUGAAGAAACAACAGACGACAAGGAUGAUCACGUGACGGUUACUGCUACACCAACGCUACGAUUGUGUCUGUCUCAUUCAACAAAAGCUUCAUCUUGUAAAGGGAGAUGCAAGUCUCUUCAUGUUUGUCGUUAUUUUGUGCUCAGCAAAUGUGACAUUGUAGAUACUGGUAAAAGAUGUUUGUUCGGUCAUGAUAUGGACUCAAAAUAUAACAAGUACAUCUUGAGAAAGUCUCUUCUUCACAAGUUUCCACCUCGUCUAGCUCAAAAAGUUCUUCUGAAUUUGAAGUACAGGAACCGUACUACAUUGCCAGUGGUGUGCAGAUUUUACAACACAUUCUGGGGCUGUAAGAAUUCCAGGAACAACACCUGCCCCUUCUUGCAUGUAUGUGAAGAUUACAUUCUCGGGUUUUGUAAAUCGGAGGAUAAGAAAUGUCGCUUCCGCCAUGAUAUAAACCAUAGCCAGCCUGCUGCUAUUCUGGAACGUUACGGCAUGUCUACAAGUGAGAAAAAUCCCAAAGAUGAAAUUUUUAAAGCGUUGAAAAGGUCGAUGAUGAUGAGCAAGAGAGGCAGCCACAUCAGACUUCCGCCGCGGGCUCAGUCUGUUGUGUCGGGUGAAGGCGAGGCGGAAAAAGAGGAGGAUAACGAUGUUGAGAUGGAAACCAAGCUGAAGUGGCAGUGUCGGACAACGCAGCAACGGGGAAGUGCUUGGCUAGACAUUGAUGAGAGCAGUAAGAUUGAGGACAAGUACGCAGUCUACAUGAAGGCGAGGAAGUACACCUUUACAAUGGCAGAAAGAGAAAGUGAGAUCAACUUUGACAGAAUGUCUGGUCACACGACUGGCGGGCUGCACUUGGAGUUCCGUCGCGUCACUGAGAAAGUUCCGAAGAAGGCUCCCGAGACCAGCAAUACAGAACAGCCAAGCAAAACCAGCGCCUGAUCCAGACAGACAGCUGAUGGUGGAGGAACACCUUGUUGGUUGUAGAUAAUGUUCUUGUACAGUCAUGUCACAGUGCGGUGGUCGUCCAUGUUGCAAUAUCAAACUGAUGUUGUCGUACAGCUAUUCAGCACACAAUACUGGUGUCCCUGCUGUGAUAUUGCUGGAAUAUUGCUAAAACAACAUAAAACCAUACUCACUCACUCAUUCAGUAACACAACACACGCCAUUGGGAUACACUGGGGGCAGCAGGGUUGUCUAGUGGUUACAUAUCUGGCACAGUUACCUCCCCUUAAUCACUCUUCACAGUCAUUCGUGAUUUGUUAUCAGUGUGUAUAUUUCUGGCUUACAUGUGCUAUCAUUUCCACCUCUGCUUUGGUGUGGACAUAAGCAGAUUUAUUGUAGAUAAAGAACCUAUCUUGUUUCCAUGGUAUUGAAGCAGCAAUGUAUUGAUCAUGAAGAGCAGUGGCUUUUUUAGUGGUAUUUUGAAAUGUAAGUCGCUUCGUGUUCCGAUUUUUAUUUUUUAUAUUAUAUAUUUCUUGCUGAUAAAAUAUACUGAGGGAAAACUAAAUGGAUCACAUGAAAGCAC